AUGAAUCGAAGUGCAACAAGUGAACAAAUGACGAAUAUUAUAUCUGGGGAGCAAUAUCCAACAUUAUCCUGCAUCAUACCUCUUACUCGCGGCGUACAAGUGGCGCUAAGAAAUUGCAGUUCUUAUUCUGAAGUCGCUAGCAGAUCCAAGAAGAUCCAAGAGCGAAAUGCAGAUAAUGCUCAAACAUUUGUUGUUGACGAUUUGAUGAUGUUAGAAACAUUAGAAUCUCAAGCUCAAUUCCAGGUCCCAAAUAGAUCUCCACAGCCUACUUCACCUCUCGAAACACUUUCUAAUUCAUCUUCAGAUUCCCAGCAGAUAACUUCUGGGGUGACUGGCGAGAAUUUAUGGGAGCAUCUAGAUAAAAGGGUAUUGGAAUUUUCUAGCAUAGAAAACCCUUCAACAUCAGCAAUUAUCAAGGUGAAACAGUAUGUAGAGCUACCGUAUUUGGAUAUAAAAACCAAUCCACUUACAUUUUGGGCACUUCGCAAAGUCACCAACAACGGUCUAUCUCUAUUUAAAACUGCUUUAAAGUAUUUAUGCAUUCCAGCCACUUCUGUGCCCUCGGAAAAAGUUUUCUCUAAGGCUGGACUCUUGUGUAACUAA